UACUACAGUAAUAAACCCCCGCGACCUGCAAAUGCUCUGAGCUGAGCAGCGCAGAGAAGUUGAAGAAACUGUGAAUAUUAGGGCUCAACCUUCUUUGAACUCAGAAAUCUUUGAGGCUUUGAGUAUAAGAACGAUUCGCUCUAAAUCUCUGCAAUCCUACAAUUCCGAGAAGUCUAGAAUUCGUUGCAUUCAUUGUAAUUCUCAAAGAAGACAAAGCAGAGAGAGAAAGAAGAAGAAGUAAGAAAUGUCGGUGCAACAAUUCCUGGAAAAGCACAUGCUCUCUCGGAAAAUCGAAGACGCCGUUAAUGCCGCCGUUAGAGCCAAGUCCCCCGAUCCCGUCCUCUUCAUCUCUAAUCAUAUGAGGAAAGCAGUUCCUUCCGUGAUCACGAAGAUCAAAGCGAGGCAGAUCCUAGAUAGCAGAGGAAUUCCAACCGUUGAAGUGGACUUGUACACCAACAAAGGGAUGUUCCGAGCCUCAGCCCCUAGCGGAAUGCAUGAGGCUGUUGGAAUACGUGAUGGGGACAAGGGAACAUAUCUGGGAUAUAGUGUGACUAGAGCUGUUAAAAAUGUAAAUGAGAAGAUAUCUGAAGCGUUGAUUGGUAUGGAUCCAACACUUCAGUCUCAGAUUGAUCAUGCAAUGAUAGACCUGGAUAAAACGGAAAAGAAGGGUGAACUUGGAGCAAAUGCUAUAUUAGCUGUGUCAAUUGCUGCAUGCAAAGCUGGGGCUGCUGAAAAAGAGGUUCCCCUUUACAAAUACAUUGCUGAUCUUUCUGGUGAAACCAACCUGACCCUUCCUGUCCCUUCUUUCACGCUUAUAAGCGGUGGAAAACAUGCUGGGAACCAUCUGGCCAUUCAGGAUAUCAUGAUUCUCCCAAUCGGAGCAAGCAGAUUUGAGGAGGCAGUGCAAAUGGGCUCUGAGACCUAUCAUCACUUAAAGGCUGUUAUUACAGAAAAAUAUGGUGCACAUGGAUGUAAUGUUGGUGAAGAUGGUGGUUUUGCUCCAAACAUCUCGAGCUUUAGAGAAGGCCUGGACCUUGUAAAAGAGGCCAUCAGCAGAACAGGAUAUGAUGAGAAAAUUAAAAUCGCAAUUGAUGUUGCUGCUACUGACUUUUGCAUAGGCACAAAGUAUGAUCUGGACAUCAAAGUUCCAAAUAAGUCGGGGCAAAAUUUCAAGUCAGUAGAGGAUAUGCUUGAGAUGUACAAAGAACUAUGCCGUGAGUACCCGAUUGUAUCAAUUGAAGAUCCAUUUGACAAGGAGGACUGGGAACAUGUCAAGCAUUUUUCCAGUCUUGGAAUUUGUCAGGUAGUAGGGGAUGGCUUGUUAAUGUCAAAUCCAAAACGUAUUCAAAGAGCAAUACAAGAGUUGGCGUGCAAUGCUCUUCUUCUCAAGGUAAACCAGAUUGGGACCGUGACAGAGGCCAUUGAAGUGGUGAAGCUGGCAAAGGACGCUAAUUGGGGAGUGGUGACAUCUCAUAGAUGUGGGGAAACUGAAGAUUCUUUCAUUGCUGAUUUAUCUGUUGGGCUUGCCACUGGUCAGAUCAAAGCCGGUGCUCCUUGCAGAGGAGAGCGGCUGGCAAAAUAUAACCAGUUGCUUCGAAUUGAGGAAGAGCUUGGGGAUCAAGCAGUUUAUGCUGGUCAAGAUUGGAGGCUAUCAUCCUGAUCAGCGCCCUUUGGUUCUGCCCUCACAUCUUUUUCUUUCUUUUUUCUUUCCCUUUAUCCUUUGCCACGUUUGUGGUUAAAAGAGUUUGAAUGGCUUAUCAAGCUAAACAACUUGAUAAUCUGUCACAAUGGGCGUGCCUCUUUUUUUUGUUUUUCUAGUGAUUGCUUCCUUUUUAUUAGGAGACUGAAGAACAUUCAAGAAUGUAAUCAAUUUGUUUACUUUUUUGUA